CUGUCAGUCAAUAAAACGUGUCAAGAAUUUCAAUAUUUGAAAUAUGUUGAAGCCUUGAAUGGUUCACAAUAUCAAAUACAAUUCAGGUCUUGUUAAACAGCGUGCCGUGCAUGUCAUACAUACUUCUAUUCAUAUAUAUAUGACAUGUGGGAAUAUAUUAUAUGAUAACAUCUCUUUUUUUUUUUUUUGGACAAAAUAUAUGAUAACAUCUCUCUCUAUCUCUAUAUCUCACUUCAGAUUCACAGCACAAUCACUUCCCCAACCAUGGAAGCUUCUGCAACAUCCAAGCUUCUCGUAUCUGACAUCGCCUCCUCCGUUGAUCACGUUCCUUCAAACUAUGUCCGACCAAUAUCGGAUCGUCCAAAUCUGUCCAAGAUUGAAACAUCCGGUGAUUCCAUCCCAAUGAUCGAUCUCCAGGAACUCCAUGGAUCCAAUCGAGCCGAUGUUAUCUACCAAGUUGCUCAUGCAUGCGCUUCUUAUGGCUUCUUCCAGAUCAAGAACCAUGGGGUGCCAGAGAAAACAAUAGAAAGAAUGAUGACGGUGGCAAGAGAGUUUUUCCGGCAGCCAGAGAGCGAAAGAGUUAAGCAUUACUCUGCGGAUACAAAGAAGACGACGAGACUCUCCACAAGUUUCAACGUUGGCUCAGAGAAAGUCUCUAACUGGAGAGAUUUCCUCCGACUCCAUUGCCUUCCUAUCGAAGAUUUCAUCAGCGAAUGGCCUUCGAGUCCAGUCUCAUUCAGAGAAGUUACAGCUGAAUAUGCCACAAGCGUUAGAGCCUUGGUCCUCGUACUUCUCGAGGCAAUCUCAGAGAGCUUAGGCCUUGCGAAAGACAGUGUAAGCAAUACAUUAGGCAAGCACGGCCAACACAUGGCCUUAAACUACUAUCCACCCUGUCCUCAACCCGAUCUAACUUUCGGACUUCCCGGACAUAAAGAUCCAAACUUGAUCACGGCUCUUCUUCAAGAUGAAGUGUCUGGUUUGCAAGUCUUUAAAGAUGGUAAAUGGAUCGCUGUUCAUCCUGUUCCCAACACUUUUAUUGUUAACGUGGGUGACCAAAUGCAGGUUAUCAGCAAUGACAAAUACAAGAGUGUGCUACAAAGAGCGGUUGUGAACAGCGACAAGGAGCGGAUAUCGAUACCGACAUUCUACUGUCCUUCUUUAGACGCUGUUGUUGGCCCACAACAAGAGCUGAUUAAUGAGGAAGAAGAGUCUCAUGCUGUUUACAGAAGCUUUACAUAUGCUGAGUAUUAUGAAAAGUUUUGGGACAGAGCACUUGCUACUGAGAGCUGUAUUGACUUGUUCAAAGCUUCCAAAACCUAAGACUGCAGUUUAGAAGA